AUGUUUUCUAUUGGAAUGGCUGUUUAAAUGAAAGUAUAUGGCACAAAUCUUGGUAUUGAUGACUAAGGCUUCCUUUUCUUUUAUGGGUGUGUUAUAUACACUCUCUAAAUAACUCUCUCUUACCUAAAUGCUAGUCUUAAACUAAAUUUUGCACAAGUUCUUAUUUCGUUUGGUUUGUGCUUUUGGGUGCUAUGGUCUCCUAAUUUUUAUUUUCUUAAAUAUUAAUUUGGCGCUUCUUAGCUAUUUGUCUUAUUUAUGCAAUAUACAACAUAAAAGAACUAAAGGGAGAAUUUCUUGCUCAGAGAUAGUGAAAGAGAGUGGUCUAAGAUAGUCAAAAAAGUAGUGAAUUCUAGCAUAAUAACAGUAAAAUAUGACUAAAAAAACAACUAGCUCAAGCUAGAUAUGAUAAAUGACCAAACAAAAAAGAUUCUCAAUUUGAGUAAUUCUGAAGAUUUUAAAUCGUUUUCUAGAAAAACUAUAGUAUUUGAUAGAUUUUAGGAUUACUAGGAGGAUGAUCCAAAUUCAAGUUUUGAAGAAAGAAAUAAAGCUUUUUCAUUAUUAGAAAUAAAUAAAUAAACCUAAAAGAAUACUCUUGAAAACAGAAUUAUCAGCACUAUUAAACAAUAUAUUUCUUAUAAAAUAAAUAAUAAUGAUUAAGAGUAAAAUCAAGUAGAAUAUUCUCCUGAGAUAAUUAAAAAGCCAACAAGAAUGUCAGUUUUUACUCCUACCUCAUAAUUUAAUCCAGAGAAAAAGGUUGCUGAUUUAUUCUAUGCUGUCUACAAAACAGAUGACAAUUAAGAAGAAAAAAGAAUUUCGAUUAAAGCAACUGCCUAUCAGAACCAAACCGAAUAUCACUGCUGUCUAGUUAUAAAUGAAGAAACUAAUAGACUUAAAACCUAAUGUUUAGAAAAAAUAAACUAAAGUUUAUAAAGCUCUUUAUUUGAAUUCUGCAUAUAUACUGGAGAUAAGCUUCAAAAUAUAAUGAAAAAUAUUUCAAAAGAGAGUAUAAUUAGGGCAAAUAUAUCUCAAUGCUUUAACUUUCUAUAUAAUUAUAAAGAUCACGCAAAUACGAUAAAAAAUUAGUUUAAAAUGAAAUUUGAUAAUUUUAAUAUAUCUUAGCAAUCACUUGAAUAAAUUGAAAAUUAAAUAUACUUAAGAUAUUUAAACAAGAUUGAUGAAAUUUAAUUAAAAUUUUAGCUCAUAAAUUGCAAUCACGAUACACAAAUUACAACUUACACAGAUUAAUUCUUGUAAUGCCUGAUGAAUUUAAUAGAAAACUCAAUUAAAUUUCAAUAAAAUAAUAUAAAAUGCAGUAGCUAUAACUAGAAUAGUUGUAGAACACAAAUUUCUUUAAACGAAAUUAACUCUAAUAGACACCUUAAAUCUAGAAAAUAUAGUCCUAGCUUUAGUCCUAGGUUCCUAAAAUAAAUUAAUUUUUAAGAAGAAGAAAAGUAAGAACAGGCAAAUUUAAAUAUUAAUGAACUACUUAGUUAAAAUUCUAAUUCAAAAGGAAACGAAAUUAUAAUUUCAUUAGAAUUAAUAGAAGGAGAUAAUGAAAAAUCAAAUAUAUUUAAAGUUACUGUUUAAGAUAGUGGAAAAGGAAUGUCAAUAAAUAAAAUACAGUAAACUCUAGAAAUUAUUGGAACAAAGAGUCCUGCCUUUAACUUUAACUAUUAAAGCUAUAAAUAAAUUGGAUGGAAAGUAAAUCAUUAAAUCAUUGGAAAAUUGGGCCCAUUCUAUAACUUUUUUGUUUUGAGUGAAAUAAAUAAAGGAUUAGUCUUUCAUUUUUACAUAUUUUAAGAUGUUGAUAUUCUAUUAAAUAAAGACUUUAAAUAACUUAAGCUUUUCUAAAAUUAGCUUUUUUAAAAGUAUUUAGAAGAAUCGAAAAAGACAUAUUAUCAUAUUGAUAAUAUUUAGGAGUUACGACAAUCUAUUUCUAAUUAAAACUUUUCACCUAUUAAUAGAUUGAGCAGUGUCACAAAUUAAUAUCAAAAUAGACCUUCUUUAUUCUCGUAAUUUCCAGGGAAUAUAGACCAACAAUUAAAUGAUACAAUUUCUAUUUCGUCAGAAAAAAUGUAAAAAACACUAAAUUCACCUAAAAAUUUAGAUUAUUAAAUGUCGAAAAUAUACACAAUUGAUAAAAUACCUACAUUAAAAAAUAAAUAUGUUAUAAGGGAUCAAAAUUGUAUUUGA